AGAUUUAACGUAUGAGUUCAUCCAAAGAGGUGGCCUGAGAGACCCAAUCAUCUUUGAGAAAAUUGAUGGACUCGGACUUAAGAUGCCUGAUCCAAGCUUCAGUGUUAGUGAUGUCAAGAUGUUUGUUGGCAUAGGUAUUAACACGAGGUAAUCCACCCCGGCGGAUCAUCGUGCCUACGUGGCCACCAUGUUGGGAAGGUCGUCAUUACCAUGAAGGCAACAAUGUUUUGUUGUAGUUUUGGCUUUGCAUACACAGGCGCCCACACAGCAAUAUCAGAAUUUGUACGUUUCACAUUUUAUUUAUUUUAUUGAUGUUCAUGCUCUGUUGAAAAAAAUCUGAAAAAUAUACUCACCUCUGGAGCAGAUAUUUAUUGCUACUCUUAUAUUUAAGCAACAUUUUUGCUCAACAGAUCAGCCAGUGUCGUAUUUGUUGCACUGGUCUUUUGUAUUUUUGCGUUGAGGUGCUGCGUGUCGUGACCCUGGUUUUGGUGCCAGCGGAACUGCGAAGCACACGUAACAUUGGCGACGAGCUGAUCUGUAGCAGACGUAUGAUUGAUGUCAUGGAUGUUAGCACUCAGAAGGGGACAGAGAUGUCCAUGGCCCAGUGGACACGGUACUAUGAGAGUUCUUCAUCUCAGCGAGAGAAGCUCUACAAUGUUAUCAGCCUGGAGUUCAGCCACACAAAGCUGGAAAACCUGGUCAAGAGACCUUCCACGCUUGAUCUUAUAGACUGGGUUGACAACAUGUGGCCCCGUCACCUGAAAGAGAGACAGCGAGACUCAACGAACUCAAUCAGUGAUAUGCAGUAUCCCAAAGUACAAAAGUACUGUCUGAUGAGUGUGGAGGGAUGCUACACAGACUUUCACAUAGACUUCGGAGGAACGUCUGUGUGGUAUCAUGUUCUAAGAGGAAGCAAGGUAUUCUGGCUGAUCCCUCCCACCGCUCAGAACUUAGAGCUAUAUGAACACUGGGUGCUGUCAGGAAAACAGGGAGAUAUUUUUCUUGGGGAUAGAGCUUCUGACUGCCAGAGGAUUGAACUUCGACAAGGAUGGACCUUCAUUAUACCAUCAGGUUGGAUUCAUGCAGUCUACACUCCUAUUGAUUCAAUUGUCUUUGGAGGAAACUUCCUUCACAGCUUUAACAUUCCAAUGCAACUUAACAUCUGUAAUAUAGAGGACCGCACGCGGGUUCCAGUGAAGUUCCGUCACCCAUUCUAUUAUGAGAUGUGCUGGUAUGUGUUGGAGCGCUAUAUCUUCAGUCUGACCAAGACCUCUUACCUUACACCAGAAUUUCAGAAAUUGUCUCUAGACAUUGAUCCAGCAUUUGAGGAUAUGGAGGAAGAAGAUAAGAGUGUCAGUGAAGAUGAUGUUUCAGAGCAGCUGUCUGACAAACCAGCAGUUCAAGUUAAUUUGACUCCAUUGGAGCUGGAGGGGCUGUGGAACUUGGUGGGCAAACUUGAGUCACUGCCAUCCAACAAGAAGUGUGUCCCAUCAGGCAUACACAAUUCCCUGGCACUCAUCACACACAUUAAGGCACUACUAAAGGAGCAUGCUAAUGACGAUCCCAAACAAUCCUACACCGGAAAACCGAUUGUUAGGUGGCCAAAGAGGCUCUUGAACUAUCAGCCACUACCACCACCACCACCACCUCCCCUUCAUCCUAAACUGGCUGCUGCUCCCGUCAUGCCACGACCACAGAAGCCAGCCUCUUCCAUGUCUGUCCUGAGAAGACGCAGGGUCAGGUGUAAGCGCUGUGAGGCAUGUAUGAGAGCUGAAUGUGGAGAUUGUAAUUUCUGCCGAGACAUGAAAAAGUUUGGAGGACCUGGAAAGCUCAAGCAAACCUGUGUCCUGCGCCAGUGUCUCUCACCAGGACUUCCGCUGUCUGCUGUUUGUGAAAUAUGCAAGGAGCCUAACCAAGAUGAAACUGGAGAUGGCUUCUUUACUCUGAUGGAAUGUUCCAAUUGUGCACAGAUAGUCCACCCUGCUUGCCUCACGGUUCGAGGUGAAGGAGUUAUCAACAAAGACCUUCCAAGCUGUUGGGAAUGUCCAAAAUGUGUUCAAGGGAUCACUGAGUCGGAGAAGCGGAAAUGUUCCUCUCUGCUGGAUGCUCGCAUGGCUAAGAUAUUUCGACAGCAGAGGCAUAGUCGUGAUGGAAUUGACUCCAGCGAUGACGACGAGGAUGAAGCCACACAGAGAAAAAGGGUAAGAAUACAACGAGGAGGAUGCCACUCUUCCCGGAGGGGAUUUCGUACCAACAGGAGAGGACUUCUCAAAGGAGGAUCGACCCACAGAGGAAGCAGUGAGGGUCCUGUGACUCCUGGUACUCAUUCCAUCCUCAAGGUCAAGGCUGGUAGGAGGAGAGGGGUGAGAUUAAGGGGUGGUUCAAGGAUGCAGCAAAGAGGCGCUUCUACUGAGGAAUCUGAUGGUGAUGAAGAGGAAGAUGAUGACAGUGGAAACGGAGACCAAGAUCAGCAUCCUCACCAGUAUAAUAGGAGGUCCAGGACUGAUGAUGAUGAAGAUGAGGACAGUGAAAAACAUGAGUUUGACCCAGAGGAUGAGGACAUGGAACUAGAAGAUGAAGAGCAGGAAGGACCCUGGGAUUCUGACCCAGAACCUCCAGUGCUCUUGAUGUCGGAUCUGAAUGAUGACAUACUUUGCGGCUCCUACCUGACUGUGACUCUACAACAUCCCACCAAGACCAAUAAACAAUCUGUCAUCCCGACUGCUGGUGAGGCUAAUGGAGGAGCUAGCUUGCAUAGCCCUACUCCUGCCGCAGCUGUUUUGUCUAUAGUUCCGAAAAUGGAAGCUGCCAUGGGUUUUAGGACACCUCCAGUAAAUCCAUGUGGUCAACCAAACUUCAACCGAAAGACCACUUUUUCCAAACCUUUGCGGUUCAAGAGCGAUGACAACACACGGGAUGGCCACAUUCCACAAGGACCAGGAAGGCCAAGUCUUCGUGGCAACUGUGUCAUCCGGGGCACUAUCGAUCAGUCUGUGUCCACAGAGGAAAGGGAACCCGCUACUUCCUCUGUCCCUCCAACACUGUCACUUCCAUCCCUGCUGUGCCUAUCAUCUUUUCAGGAUGUGGAUGAGAGUGGAGGAGAGAAGGAAGUGUGGGUGUCUGUUUUCAGAUACCUAAACAGAGCUGAGCUGCUCAACUGCAUGACUGUCUGCAAGGCCUGGUAUAAGUGGAGCUUUGAUAAGCAUCUAUGGAGCCAUCUGGAUAUGAGUCGAUUCAAUCAACUUAGUAACCAGGCGUUGGCAGGUAUCAUAAAACAUCAGCCCACUUCUUUGGACCUCUCAUGGACACCCCUGGCCAAAAGGCAGCUCAUCUGUCUUCUAACCAGGCUUCCAGGUCUUCGAGAGUUAAGGGUUGCUGGCCUCUCCUGGUCAUGCCUAUCAGCAUUGGUCUCCCCUGCUCUUCCCUAUCUUCGACUACUGGAUCUGCGCUGGUGUGACGGCAUUAAAGAUACCCAAUUUAAAGAACUCCUCACCCAACAUGGCUCAGAGUCUUCUCGCUGCAGACUAAAGAACAUCGAGACACUGCACCUGUCUGGUCUGGAUAUAAAUGAAUCCACUCUAAGACUUAUGCAGCAUCAUAUGCCACACUUGGAGAAGCUGGACCUGGCUCACUGCAAGAACAUUACAGAUUCUUCCAUAGCUUUGCUGGCAGCAGGCGGGACACGCACUCGCAGCAACCUCAAUGAACUCAUUCUAGCAGGUUGUUACCAGCUGAGCGAUGGGUGCAUGUCCUACCUGAAGCGCAUAUCCUCUUUGACUCUUCUGGAUAUAAGAGGCUGCAAAAACAUCAGUAUACAAGCCUGCAACGCCUUCAUCUCCGACCUGUCACACGUCGCUGUGUACUGUAUGAUGGAGGAGAAGGUCAUCCAAUGUCUGUACUAAGAGGUUGUCGCUUGGUCGAAAUAAAAAUGAUCCAAAAUA